AUGGAGAAGUCACUUUCACUUAUAUAUGAAAAAAAGAAAACUAAUUAUGUAUACUCUUUUACAGUUGAAAAUAAGGUAAAAGCAAAUACAUGCACAGAGGGUCUUGGUAAUUGUCAGCAAUGUGAUGAGAGAUGCAAGGCCAACCACGGACCAGCGGCCAAAGGCGGUUGCGACCCCAAGUUUCAACUAUGCACGUGCUAUUACCCGUGCGGUCAGGGUCCAUCGCCUCCGCAGCCCAAAAAAUGCUAUGGUGGGGCUGGCGUAUGCAGCGAUAAAUGUGGGCCUCAGUGUUGCAACCAAAACUGUGCGCAAAAGUAUAAUCAAGGAACUGGAUUUUGUGACAGCAUUGGCCAUACUUAUUUGUGCAAAUGCCAAUAUAAUUGCUAAAACUGUUUAAAUGUUCUAGAAUAAGCAAAACCGAUCAAUUUUGUUUUUUCAUGUUUCAACUCGGAUGUGUUAAAACUAGUAAUAUAUAAAUUAUUAUUAUUAUUACUCAAAA